UAUGCCAUGCUCUCCCUGAAAUGUGACAAAGCAGGAAAUCUUAUUUUCAGGAAAACAACUCGUAAUUUCAACCAGCCUAUGUGUAAAGCAGCCAAAGUUACAAUAGUGGAGGUUGAGGAGAUUGUUGAUAUUGGAAGUUUUGGUCCUGAAGACAUUCACAUCCCUUCCAUAUAUGUAGACCGGGUAGUGCAAGGAGCCAGCUAUGAAAAACGAAUUGAGAAAAGGCUGGUUCAGUCUAGCAAGGAAGAGAAACCUAAAGUCAAACAGGACUCCGAUAUUACCCGGGAGAGAAUCAUCCGACGAGCCGCACUGGAGUUUGAGGAUGGGAUGUAUGCAAAUCUUGGCAUUGGAAUCCCUAUGCUGGCCAGCAAUUACAUUAGCCCUGAAAUCACUGUCCACUUGCAGAGUGAGAAUGGAAUUUUGGGACUGGGUCCCUAUCCAACAGAGAGUGAAGUGGAUCCUGAUCUAAUCAAUGCUGGUAAGGAGACGGUAACAGUUUAUCCAGGAGCUGCCUAUUUCUCCAGCGAUGAAUCCUUUGCCAUGAUCAGAGGAGGUCACAUUGACCUGACCAUGCUGGGAGCAAUGCAAGUUUCUAAGUAUGGAGAUCUGGCCAACUGGAUGAUUCCAGGUAAAAUGGUGAAGGGCAUGGGUGGCGCAAUGGAUCUGGUGUCUAGUGAUGCCACAAAAGUAGUUAUCACUAUGGAACAUUCUGCCAAGGGUGGGAAACGUAAAAUCUUAGAGAAGUGCACACUUCCUCUGACUGGAAAACAGUGUGUUGACCGUAUAAUCACUGAAAAGGCGGUGUUUGAUGUCGAUAAGAGCAAGGGUUUAACUCUCAUUGAGAUUUGGGAAGGACUGACACCAGAUGACAUCAAAGCAUGCACUGGGACAGAGUUUGAGGUGUCAAAAGACUUACGACCGAUGCAGCAGAUAUGAGAUAAUACUGAGGAUUUAUAUUGACGGCCUUCUGACAGUAUACAGGACCAGAGCAAGAGAGAGGACUUGACUGCCUUCAUUUGAACAAUUCUUAGCUGUUUUGGAUGUGGCAUACAUUUAGAAUUCAUUGUUAAAUAGAUGCAUGACUCUUCUCACCAUGUUAAUGAAGAGUAGUGAUGAAGAGCAAUGGAAUCUGAAUAGAUUUAAUAUGAAAUAUUUUAGUAAUAAUAUUGUUAAACAUUAUGAUGUACUGAAACUUAUUUUAAUCAAAUAUUUUAAUGGUUGUUUUUUGCAAUGAUUUUUGCAAGCUAAUCAGCAUGGAAUAAUGCAGCUGUGCUACUUAAACUUGAUACUGAUUCAUUUGUUCUUGCCACAGCUUAAAAUAAAUAAUGUUGGAGUAAUGUUUGUUUUAAAUUUUU